CUCGCUUCAUCAUUGUUGGUACGAACAAAGAGGUGAGGCAUGGUCGGGGCAUGCUCAACGUGUCCGUACCGCAGACCGUAAAGGAGGGCUAACCUGACCUGCAUGUGCAAAGGCUGUCGACACCAGCGCUGUCGAAGGGCCACCGAGGUCACCGGAACCCUCUGCCAACCGCCUCACGCUUAACCUUGUCAUGGAGGCUGACGCCGUGGCCGACUCCUCGGCAUCAGGAGGCGCAGCGGGCCUCCUCCCGCCAGAGGACCCGCUGUUCAGGACAAACUUCUUUGACAUUGAGCCAGACGAGGAUCUCGAUCUGUCUGAAGCGCACAACCAGGUGUGGCUCGUCAAGGUGCCCAAAUUCCUGGCUGAGGGCUGGGGCAAGAUCACCAAGGAGAGUCUCCAUCUCGGUACUGUGCGGGUGUACGAUGCACCAGAGGGCACCAAUCCGCGGAUGGAGCUGCUGCUGCCAGCGGCACCUGCAAACCCCAUCCCUCUCAGUGCUGAGCAAUUCGCUGACUUCCCAGAAGGGCAGCAUGUACCGCGCAGCUAUGAUCUCCGCCUGACAGACCAGAACACCUCGUACGGGAAUAAUGGCCAGAAGGAUCCUCGAAAUCUGUAUGCGUUCCGGGAGAAGCGACCGCGCGAGGACAUCGAGGAGGAUGAAGCGCAGAAGAAGGCGAGGAAGGAGCGGGGAGAGGAUGCGGAUCUGGAUGACGAAGAUGACCUCGAUGACGACCUGGACGGUCUGAUCGAUCCGGAAGAGGACGAGGACAUCAUGCCACUGCAUGCCAGCUUGAAAGGAAAGAGCAGGGCACCUGAUCCAAUGCGGCCAUUAGGAGGAGCCGCUGCAGCAGGAAGUGGGCAAAAGAGGAAGCGGCACUCAAAAUUCAGACGUCACACCGCAUUGGUGGGAACCGUGACCAAUGAGGCUGCUGUCACUCCUCAAUUGAUGUCCUUGCGUGCAGCCAUGGAUGAUAAGAAGCGCAUACAGGCGAGCAUGUCAACCGGUACUAGUAGUAGUGGCCGUCCACUUCCUUCCAGCGCCUUGGAUGGGUACCGGAAGUUGAUGAAAGUGCGCAGCGGAAACACUCGCAAGCCUGGGCACGGUCUUGUCAUUCUCGACGAGGCAGACAACGGCCUGACGAACCGUAUCUCUAGCGGCAUCCUCAACCACGAGCCGUCCUUCCAGACGGGGCGCAAGCCGCAAGCGGGGCGGCGGGGCGGCGAGAAGUUCGCGCGCAUACCGCGCAACGAGCUGCUCGACCAGCUCUUCACGCUGUACGAGCGCGAAAAGUACUACACGUUCGCCGAGCUGCGGCAGCGCACUCAGCAGCCCGAAUCGUACCUGCGCGAGGUGCUGCAAAGCAUUGCCGUCAUACAGCAAAAGGGCCAGUACUCUGGCAAGUGGGGCCUCCGGCAGGAGUACUCGCAGAGCGAAGCGAGGCGCAACGAGCAGCGCGAAGUGCAAAGGGAGAAGGAGGAGAAGGAGCGGGCAGAACGAGCUGCUGCCGGCGACAAUACCGACGACAACGAUGAUGCAGAUUAAGGUGCUAGUCCUCUAUCAGUCCUGCCGCAAACAAUAAUUGUGUAGAGAGAGAGCCGACGAAAUGGGUGGUGGCUCUUGCUGUUGCAUGUAUGACAUACUUCCAAGGAUAUGU